AUGCUCUCUCAGCUGCAUCGGAAGCUUACCUUUGCCACUACGGGAACUGACAGUUCAAUGGAUAACCUUCCACCGGGCCUGGUCAACCGAGGCCAGAAUCUGUGCUUUGCCAUUUCGUCGCUGCAGUGUCUCUUCCGCACGCCCGAGAUGUCGGGACUUCUGCAGGACUGGGUGCAGAACAGCAACCUCGUCAUGGGUGCCGACGAGGAGGACUUUCUGUGGAGCUACCUCAAGCUGCAUGUCGAGUGCGUUGCCCGCAACCUGCAACCCUCGACGCAGGACAACUUCGUGCGACUCUGCCGUGUCUUCAUGCCGCAGCUCAUGUCCAGCUCGUCCUACUCGCAGGAGCAACAGGACGCUGCCGAGUUCGUGAUGACGCUGCUAAACGUCCUGCACAAGGUACUCAACAGCCGGAAGGCAAAGUCCAAGGCUGGCCAGGCCAACGGCAGCGGCUCGGUGGAACACAACGCCGAGAACUUCCAAGUGGUCAUCUCGACCCUGAACAAGCGCUGCCUUAACCGCAUCCUCGAGGUGGCCUACAAGGGCUGGCAGACCUACGAGCGCGCCAACGACUCCCCCAUCGUUCACCUCUUCACGGGCCAGACGUCGGAUAUACACCAGUGCACGUCAUGUCUCAAGACGAGCAUACGAACGCAGGAGUACAACGUCCUGCCCAUAGCCAUCGAGCUUCGGGACCGGGUGAGCACCAACGGUGGCGGGAACCCACUGCGCCUCUACGACCUCCUCGUGUCCUUUACGGAGGCCAAGCGAAUGGACAACCGGGACGCGAACGAAGAGAACGAGCUCCAGACGGGACCCAUCUGCAACAUGGCCGCACACACGAGCUGGCUUCACCGCACCAUGCUCACGCAGACUCCCUCGGCGGUGGUGCUCCAGCUGCUGCGAUUUCAGUACGACAGCUCGACCUGCCAGAGCCGCAAGAUUCGCGAGCCCAUCAAGAUUCCCAGCACCAACAUGUGUCUGCCCAACGGGUCCGGCACGUGGCCCCAGUACAAGCUGUACGGUGUCGUGGCCCACAUUGGUUCUCGCUCGACGCAGGACGGCCACUACAUCGCCUUCGCCGAGGACCAGGUAUGCGGCAAGUGGUACCGGUUCGACGACGAGUCGGUCACUUCCGUGCCGGACAUCGACGAAGAGCUGGCCAAGCCUUUCCUGAUGGAGAAUGCCUAUCUGCUCUUCUACAGGAAGACGUGA